AGAUGACAAUGUGGAGGUUCAAGAGGUCACAGACUUACAAAGUACAGAAAAAAUAAUUAAAGAUAACAAUGUUCAGGCUCAAGAGGUUACAGACUUACAAUGUAGUACAGUAAAAAUGAUUAAAGAUGACAAUGUUCAGGCUCAAGAGGUUACAGACUUAGAAUGUACAGAAAAAAUGAUUAAAAACGACAAUGUUGAGGCUCAAGAGGUUGAAGUUUCUGGGAAUCAGGGAAUAAAGGAGGAGUUAAGUGAAACAAACAAAGCAAAGUUAGGUACCAUAAGAAGUGAUGUCACGAAAAUUUCAGUCAAAGAAAUUAAAGAAGUUCAGGGUGGUGACAUUUUAGAGAAAAUGGAGACAAAUGACAAAAUUGAGUCACUUCUCACAGAAACAUCAAAGGGUAGUGUUUGUGUUUGUUCAGUACUCAAAGGCAAGGAGGAGGUUGUUGAAGAAACAGGAGAGCCAAGUAAAGUAAAUACAAUAAAGGUAGACACAGUAACAGAACUAGCUACUGAAGAAGUUGCAGGUAAUCAAACGGAAGUUACUAGUUGUGACAUUGUUGAGAAAAUGGAGGUAGAUGUGGAGGAUUCACUUCACAAAGAAAAGGUACAGGACAGUGUUAGCAUAACAUUAGAAGACAAGAAAGAAAUCCCAAAUGAGGACAAGGUUAGAAAAAGCCCUGAAUCAGGGAGUAGAAAGGGUAGUCCUGAGUCCAGAAGUAAGGAGAGAAGCCUUGAAUCUCAAAAUGGAAGAGGCCCAGAGUCUCAAGAUAAGAAAAGAAGUCCUGAUUCAAAGGGUAUAAAGAAAUGUCCAGAGCCCCAAGAUGAACAAAAGAGUCCUGAAGACAAAGAGAAAGGUAAAAGUACCCUUGAUGAUAAAACCAGUUGUAGUCCUUGUGAGAAAAGUAACAAGAAAAUUGAAGACCAAGAUAAGGAAAAGGAUAGUCAAUGCAGAAAUAAUCAAGGGAGUAGCAAGGUGCCUUCAAAGGCUGACAGUGAAAAGGACCCCAUUACUGGCUGUAAACUUCCAAUUAAUUUAAAGAGUGACGUCAAGGAAAGCAACACUUUCCGUCAGGUAGUGGUUCUGGCGAAUUCUGCCUAUAAGAUUCAGCUGAAAGGCAUGGAAAACUCACGUGUUAAGGUUGUAUAUGAAGAUAACCUGAGCUCUGAAACUAUGAUCUACAACAUUAUACAGAAGCACAGAAAAGAAUUUGGAAGGAAUACUUUGUGGAUACCUUUAGCAGGUGUUUAUACCUUUGUUAAUGAUGUGAAAGUAGAAAGUUGCAAGAAUUGCAAAGAACCCUUAAGGGUUAUUCCCAAGCCCAGUCAACUUAAUGACAACAAAUUGUUAGAUUAUAAAAUUCUGCAAUUGUGCCAAGAUACUUGUGACACUGUUCAAUAUCGUUUAGGUUCUGAUGGGUUGAUCACAAUUGUUCCCCCUUUACCAGCCCUUUUGGCACUUACAGAGAAUUACAAUACCCAUCAAGAUUUGCAUGAUGCUGUAGAUGGUUAUAACCUCAUUGUAGCCAAGACCACUUAUGAGAGGAUGCGGAAAAAGUACAAUGCAUUUUGCAGGACAUGGAUAGAAAAUUCUUGUGAGAGAAACAAAUCAUGGAUAAGUGUUGAAGUUUUUCAAGAGUAUAAAAACAGAGGAGAGGCAAACUUGUUUCCUAUUUUUUCUAAAUUUAGAUAUGAGAUUAGAUUGAAGAACUGGUUUGAGAUGAUGGAGAAGUUCAUUAAUUUGGUUUUGGAAACCACAUUCCCAGAUAUGAGGGUAAUUGAAAGUCUUUCCACAUCUUGUAAAUUAGACUCUACAGAAGUACCUCCUCCUCCAGAUGAUAAGGUCAGCAAAGUUGUUGUUGUAGGAAGUACAAAAUUUACAAAGGAUCUACAAGAGUUAACAAAAGACUUGAAUGUUGAGCAUUUGAAUGAAAACAUAGAUUUUGAUGAAGAUGGUUUGGACUUCCUAAAUAAACUACACAACAAACAUCCAAGUAAAACACUGUGUGUUAUUCUAUCUGGAGUAUCAGAAGUUGCACAGCCUGUUGAUUCAGGGCCACCAAAAUGUAAAACAGUGAAAUGUAAAGAACCUAUUCCAGUGUUUGUCACAAAGAAUGACAAAUUAGGUGAUCCAGAUUUUAAGGAUAUGGAAAUUAAUCGAAUGGGUAACAUCAUAGUGAAAGAAGCCUUUGAUUUUGCCACACUUGCCUUAAAGAAAUUAAAGGAAGGGUCAAAUAUAAUCUUAGCUCCUAUCAUGCCUAUGUGUGCAAUCUGGUCUGGCAAUGACACUUCACAUAGUCAUGAUGCUCUUCAUAGGAUGUACAAACAAGAUCCAAAUGUCCCCCAUUUCAUUGGGGAUUCCAGUGUUUGGAUUAAAAGUGCCAAAGCUUUGGAGAUCAAAUGGUUAAAUAAGAUUAUUAGUAGCGUUAAGAAAGACUCAUAUCUCUGUGAACUAUUGAAACAGUACAAAAAAGAGAUACCUCCAGUUUUAGAGUAUGUGGAAGAUGUUACUGUCCCUCAGGUGAAAGACAUGCAAAAAGCUUGGUCUGAAAUGAUGGCAAAACUGCUUAGAUAUUAUUUGGUGGGCAGUGAAACAAAAGCUGUGUUGGAACCAGUUGUGAAUCCAGUUCCUGUUGAAGUCUCUGUUACUCUUCAUAGCCAAGGAGCUGACUCUGAACCUUCUGCUGUAGGUAUCUCAGAGGUUGUUAAACUUUUGGAUCAAGAUCAGGUGAAGAGGGUACCGUCUGGUGAGAGUGUAGAAACAUCCCCUCAUAACAAUGCUCCGCCACUUGUGGAUCAACAAACAAAAGUGAAUAGGAUACCCCCUGGUGGGAAAGUACCAAUGUCCCCUCAUAGUAAGGCUCCGCUAUUGGAUCACAAAACUCAAGUAAACAGGACACCCCCUCGUAUGAGAGAAGAAACGUUACCUCAUAGUACUACUCCAGUAGUUUAUUACAAUCACCAAAGUCAGAUGAAUAGAAUACCCCCUGGUACGGGACCAGACGCAUUCCCUCAUAAUGGCCCUCCAGGACCUCUGGAUUACCAAAAUCAGAGAAAUUGGAUACCCCCUGGUACGGGACCAGAAGGAUUCCCUCAUAAUGGCCCUCCAGGACCUCUGGAUCACCAAAAUCAGAGAAAUUGGAUACCCCCUGGUACGGGACCAGAAGGAUUCCCUCAUAAUGGCCCUCCAGGACCUCUGGAUCACCAAAAUCAGAUGAAUUGGAUACCCCCUGGUACGGGACCAGAAGGAUUCCCUCAUAAUGGCCCUCCAAGGACCUCUGGGAUCCCCACCAAAAUAAGGAUGAAUUGGAGACCCCCUGGUACGGGACAGAAGGAUUCCCUCAUAAGGGCCCCAAAAACCCAGGACUUGGAUCACAAAAUAGAUUGA